ACGCACACACUCAGGACAAAGCGAGUCUGUGGCGGAGCCUCGGGGUGUUUUAGUCCGCGCGGGAGGCUCCGGAGCGCGGAGCAGCUGCAGCUUCAUGUAAAUAAACAAUAAUCAAUAAUAAUAGCGAUAAUAGCUUAUGAUGAGCAGCGCGCGGGACGCGUCUCCCGAUUUCGUGCUGAUGCGUUUGGUUUCCGCCACCGAAUACGAAGACGAUCCGGUGGGUUCAGGGCUGGGCAAGACGGGGCACCUUCAUCAUCAUCAUCAUCAUCAUCUUCAGCACCAACAUCACCAUCAUCAUCUCCAGCAUCUCCAGCAUGGCCUCGGCAUGGCCGGUGGAUCAGAGCGAGACGGCCGCUCAGAAGCAGCAGGUCAGCUCAUGGUUCUGCAGGACCUCCUGGGUCCAGGUGACCCCAGUCUGGACGGACCUGGACCUGGGCAACCCGGUUUAGGAGAUGCUGGCGAGCGCAGCUCCAGCCUGGAGGCUCCAGCGCAGAGGUUCGAAUGGAGUCCUGUUUUCAGACUCACUAAAGUCUCCAGGGAGGUUUCCGAGAGCCUCUGCCAGAAGCACCGGCUCAUCUCAGAUGCUCCGGACUGGUCACCUUUAGCGGACCAACUGGGGACCACCACCGCCCGCAAGCCCUCCAGCACCGCAGCUGUGAGCCCUGACCUCCAGGACCCGGUCCUGAAACUGGCCCGCAGGCUGGGGGAGCUGGGGAAGGGAGAUGUCCUGCAGAAGGAUGGAGAUGUUCCUCUGUGCACCUGCCAGAACGUGCCGGGAGCCCAACCCGGAGAGGACCCGAGUGAGACCAGCGACGCCCUGCUGGUUCUGGAGGGUUUAGGGGCGCAGGGAGAAAUGGGCAAAGCAGGGUGCCGGGACGGUUCUGAGGGCGACACCGGGGCUCAGAGCGCUCCCCAGCAGAGCGGAGCCAACGCCGGUCAGGAGCAACACCAGACCUUCUCCAGCAGCUCCCUCAGCGGACUCAUGAACCAAGUGCACCGCCUGACCCGGGAAGCCUGCUGUGACCCACGGUCUCCAGCGGAACCUGGAGGAACCGGGAUCCACAGUAGCCCUCCAGUCCAGGAUGCUGCGGCCAACGUGCAAGCCCCCCUUAGUCGGCCCCCUACACCCAAACACGUGGGUUCACCUUUGACCUUUGCGGCCUGCAGCAGGGAGCGGGACAGGGCAGGCCAGCGGAAGUCGAGGAAGGGUUCUCUGAAAGUGUGCCUCAGCAAACUGUUCCGCACUAAAAGCAGCGGCAGUGCAGGCAGCAGCUCCAGCGUGGGCCACGCCGCCGACAAACGGCCCUCACUGGCCUCCUCCACCUCGUCUGGGGGCAGCUUGGUGGACGUGUGGGGCUCCAGCAGCACUGACCCCGACACGGGCAGUUGCAGCAGGCCUCAACUGGCCAGGCCUCGAAGUGCCUACUCUCCUGUUCCCUUCACUGGUGAGACAGUGUCGCUGGUUGAUGUGGAUAUUUCUCGCAGGGUGAACUCUCUUCAUCCUCCUACUCCUCCUCCUCCUCCCAGGAGAAGCCUCAGCCUGCUGGAUGAUUUUGGAGGCCCUCAGCCCGGACGUUCACUCUCCACUGGAGGUGCAGCGUCCACACAGACGCUCACGCACGCCCACCCCACCAUUCAGCACAGCCUCAGCCUCAACGAUACGUUUCUCCGCAGCGUGCCGAGGCCCCUCCCCCUUCAGCCCGACAGCCAAUCGACUGCAACGGUUGCACAGCGCCCCCUGCUCUUCCCUCUGAGCCGGCCAGACUCCAGCAGCUUCGCCACCAGCCUCCGAGAACUGGAGAAGUGUGGGUGGUACUGGGGUCCGAUGAACUGGGAGGACGCAGAGAUGAAGCUGAAGGGGAAAGCAGACGGAUCCUUCCUGGUACGGGACAGUUCAGACCCCCGAUACAUCCUCAGCCUCAGCUUCCGCUCGCAGGGCAUCACCCACCACACGCGCAUGGAGCACUACAGAGGCACGUUCAGCCUGUGGUGUCACCCCAAGUUUGAGGACCGCUGCCACUCGGUGGUGGAGUUUAUCGAACGGGCCAUCAUGCACUCCAAAAACGGCCGCUUCCUCUACUUCCUGCGCUCUCGCGUUCCAGGUCUCCCGCCCACUCCUGUGCAGCUCCUGUAUCCAGUGUCCCGGUUCAGCAGUGUUAAGUCCCUGCAGCAUCUCUGCCGCUUCUGCAUCCGCCAGUUGGUCCGCAUUGACCAUAUCCAGGAGCUCCCGCUGCCUACACCUUUGAUCGUGUAUCUGCGGAAGUUUUACUUCUAUGAUCCUGAGGAGGAGAAAUACCUGUCAGUCAAAGAGUCGGGGCGGGACGGCGGAGCCACACGGGAAGUGGGAGCUCAGACGUAGCGAACGGGACAGGACUGGAUAAAUGAUAAAUAAAAGAGAGUGUUUAUUUUUAUUUAUGGACGGCUGCUGCUCGAAACUGGAAACUGGAUGCUGGAUUUAGGUUUAACAGACGGACACUCAGACUACUGAUGCACUGUAAUCUCUUCUCUUUGAGCUGUUUUGACCGCCGGCCGGGUUUCCGUUGAUGAUCCUCCCUCCUCUCUCUGCUGGAGGGACGGGGAUGUGGAAACCGGCCGAAUUCGGGCCAGUGCUGUGGCAAUAUUAAUGAAGCAGCCUGACACCUGAGACUGAAAAGGCAACCUGAGGGCCGGGAGCGUGGCCAGAAGCUUACGCUCUGGAUGCGCUUGUCUUUCUGGACACCUCUCUGUCCUCUGCCCGAGUAAACUCCGCUCCGCUCGGUGAGAACCGUCCAGAACGGACAGAGUAAGACUGGGCUUAAAGGAAUACUUCAGAAUUUUCAACCUGAUCUCCACCUGCUGCGUUUGGAUUGCCUCAUAUUGUCAUAACGUCACACUGUAAAGAAACUGAUUUCAGGCGAAAUGAUGCUUUUUUACUUUUCUUACUGAUGUUUAUUUGUUUAAUCUGCUUAGAUUUGCUUGUUCGCCCAACGUUAGGCUGCAAUAACAUUGACAUUUUUUCCGAAAAAGAAAAAAAACAGACUGCCCUCUGAAAAAGAUGGUUCUUCAAGGGUUCUUUAGUAAAGACAGCGGUUCCAUAAUGAAGGCUAAACACUAAAAGAACCGUUGCAUACUUUAAAGGUUCUUUGCAUGGUGAAAUCGUUCUUCAGACAGAUGAAGUAAUGUGUUGUGUGUGGCUCCAUAUAGCACAAAUAGGGUUCUGCAGUUGUUAUGAAGUCAAGCCUGUAUACAACAGAAGAACCCUUUUUGGUGCUACAUUGAACCCUUUUCAAAAUAGACACUAUAUAGAACCAUAUUCAGCACUUUCUCCAUCAGUUAAGGCUUAAAGGAACGCUUUCGAAUCCUAUCAUAUUGGCAUUUCGCUGUGCAAAGAUAGUAUUUAGGAUUGCACAUGAUACUUUAAAUGGUCAUGGUUCUAUAUAGAACCCCUAGGCCUCAUUCUCCAAUAUCUUCAACAGUUUUUUUGAAUAUUGAUGGAGUGAGGAUGGGUCAGCUUUGCCGAAAGUGCACCAGAUAUUACUCCAGCAGUUUAAGAACAUUGGGCCUCAUUCUCCAAUAUCUUCUCAAUUCUCUUCUCAUGUUCUUAAAAGUCUACGUCAGGUUCAUGACGUGUUCUUAAAGAGCAGAACUGUUCUCACCUUUCUGCUGUUGGGUGUGUGUGGAUUCUGUUCUUACCUAAGAGCCAAUCCCACAUAACCGAACACUGGUGAAUGUCAGAGUCUUUGUCAAAACUGCAUAAGUGGGUUUUAAGAAGGAAUUUCUUCCCAGGAGCAGUUGGAGAAUGAGGCCCAGUGUCCUUGAAAGACCAUCCUUUGAAGAGUGUAUGUUACAGCAUUUGGCAGACACUCUCAUCCAGAACGGCUUACAGUCUAAUCGUGUUUGAGAGGUAAGCUAAUGUAGGAUUAGGAGUCUGACUCAGGGAUGCGUACUAGUACAGCAUGAUGUGCUGCCUAAGCCGGGAAUCGAACCCCAGCCGCAGAACCCCAGACAUCGGUAGAGGAGUUACCUGCUGUCCUGACCAGAUGGGGAUGUUUUUAUUGUCACACCCCUGGUCUUAGAGGUGGAUAGUAUGAUAUUUUAUCAUCAUCAUGAUAAAUUAUAUCACAAUACUUUUCUGAGUAUAUCGUGGAUAUCGACAGUCCUUAAAGAACACUGACCAGCUACCUGUUUCAUUGCAAAGUGAGCAUAAUUAGGUC